UACGCUCAAGAAUGGGCGAACUAUUUGGCCAGCACUGGAAGGUUUGAGCACCGAGGACCAUCUCGUCAGUAUGGAGAAAAUCUAUUCAUGGGGAGUGGCAACACAUGUGAAAAUGCGGUAAAAAGCUGGUACGACGAGGUGCAGUACUACAAUUACAGUUGUCCUGGCUUUUGUGCGAACACUGGUCAUUUUACCCAGUUAGUCUGGAAAUCUUCGCAAAGAGUUGGCGUAGGUAUUGCUAAAAGUUCAAGAACCGGGAUGACUGUCGUUGUCGCCAAUUAUUAUCCAGCAGGAAAUAUGAUGGGGCAGUUCCCAAGCAACGUGUUGCCGCGAUAA